GUUCCCAGCUCGAGAUGAUCUGCACGAUGGCGCCUGACACGAAGAACAUCGACACCGUCAAGUGUCAGGAGAGGAACAUCGCCAUCUACCACGUGGGCGAGUACUGCACGGACUCACACGCCGAGUUCAUCUCAGCUCUCCUGCUGACCACAGCUCGCAGACUCAUUGAAGGAAACGACGAGGUUCUACGCGGCGAUUGGGGACUUUGGCAGCCGAUGCAUUUACUGGGUACCCAGUUGACAGGACGCACCCUCGGGUUUCUGGGAAUAGAUCUAGUCGGCUUGGGCGUGGCCCAACGAUUGAGGCCUUUCGGAAUAGAAAAGAUUAUUUAUUUUGACAAAGAUGAACAUCCUUUGGCAGUGAACGUGUCAGCCCUUAAAGUGGACAUUGAAGAAAUCUUUGCCAAAUCUGAUUUCAUCGUCUGUACAUUGGAGCUGACCCCCCAGACGGAGGGUAUUGUUAACGCCCAGUACCUAGGAAUGUGUAAACCGGAGUGUAUCUUCAUCAACACCGCCAGCGCGGCACUCGUCAACCACGACGACCUCCUACAGGCGCUGAAAGAGGAGAAAAUCGCCGGCGCCGGUCUGGACAGCACCAUCCCCGAACCCCUGCCCCAGGACAGCGAGCUCCUGGCACUGCCCAACGUCGUGGUGACGCCCCACAUGAGCUCAGCCACCCACCGGGGUCGCACGCGCAUCGCCAUGAGACUGGCCAACUACAUGGUCAAUAACCUGGCCUGAUGGGAACCCGUGUGAGCACAAAUCUGUUCAACUAUCCAAUGAAUUUCUACAUCGUUAUGUUUAGCCACUUUGUGGUUACAUUAAAGAGAAAAA